GGUACAUGUCUAUGUACUUCUUUCAUUUCAUACACAGCAUGGGAAUAGGACUCUUAUCACGAUCCCACGAUGUGACGUCACAACGCUGCGACGCGUUCCUGCAUCUGUUGUGAUUCUGCUGAAGAGAGGACAGAUUGUCCAUACACACAGAAGACUCCUGCUGAAGCGACUGAGAUCCACGUGACACUAUUAUAAAGAUGGCGUUAAUUAAAGAGGAGUGUGAAGACAUCAAGAUUGAAGAAGCAGUCAGGGUGAAACAAGAAGAUAGCGAGGAACAAACAGAUCUGAUGCCACUGAAAGAGGAGUAUAAUUUAUCGAAUGAAAUGGAAGAGAAAAAUCAGUUUGAGAAGCAUCAGGAUCCUAUACCUGGAGAAAAAUGUUGCUCACAGACUGCAAAGAAACCUCGAAAGUUACGGGCUCUGCCUCCAUUAAUCUGCUUUCAUUGUGGAAAGUAUUUCAAUCAACAUGGAAACCUUACAGUCCAUCUGAGAGUUCAUUCUGGAGAGAAGCCUUUCACCUGCCAAGAGUGUGGAAAGUGUUUUACUCAAAAAGCACACCUUAAAGUCCAUAUGAGGGUUCACACUGGGGAGAGCUCUUUCACCUGCGGGCAGUGUGGAAAAUAUUUUAACAGAAAAAAUAACUUUUUAUUCCACAUGAGAGCUCAUGCUAAUGAGAGCUCUUCCAUAUGCCUGCAGUGUGGAAAAAUAUUUAGCAAAAGAGGAAACCUUAAAGAACACAUGAGAAUUCACACUGGAGAGAAGCCUUACACAUGUCCUCAGUGUGGAAAGAGUUUUAGCCGAAAAGGAAAUCUCAGCGAUCACGUACGAGUUCACACUGGAGUGAAGCCUUACAUUUGCCAACAGUGUGGAAAAAGUUUCAAUAAAUCUAGUACCUUAAAAAUUCACAUGAGAAUUCACACUGGAGAGAGCUCUUUUAACUGCCAACAGUGUGGAAAACAUUUUGAUCAACAAGGAAACCUUAAAAACCACAUGAUAAUUCACACUGGAGAGAAGCCAUUUGUGUGUGAUCAGUGUGGAAAGAGUUUCAACCUAAAAGGAAAUCUAAAAGUUCACAUGAGAGUUCACAGCGGAGGGAGCCCUUUCACCUGUCAACAGUGUGGAAAAACUUUUACUAGAAAAGGAAGCCUCAAAGUCCACAUGAGAGUUCACACUGGAGAGCAGCCUUUUGUAUGCCUUCAGUGUGGAAAGAGUUUUCCACAUAAGAAAAACCUUAAAUCCCACAUGAGAAUUCACACUGGAGAGAAGCCAUUUACAUGUGAUCAGUGUGGAAAGAGUUUCAGAUAUAAAUUUACCCUUAAUCACCACAUGAGAAUUCACUCAAAAUUAAUUAAAUGUCAUAAGUGUUGAAGGAGUUUAAGAGACAGGAUAUCCGAAAAAAGAAUCAUGAGAAAAAUUCACAUUAGACCAAAGCCUUUCAUUUGGCCUUAGUGUGGGAUAAGAUUCAAACUUAAAGCAAACAUUACCAUUCACAUGAGACCUCACACUGUAGAGUGGACUUAUCAGUCAGACUUCAUGUCAUUUCCUGACUUGUUCUGGAAUAAAAUUGUACUGUUUGUCAUUGAGGCAUAAGAAAUGCAGUAGUUUCAGAAAUUACCUACAUAUUCACUCUGAUAGAAGAGCAUAAUCAUCAUUCACAGAUACACCUGAAAUGUCAUUGUGAAAAUUCUCAAUACAAAUAUAAAUAAUUUGAUAUGAAA